AUGACUGUCGAACAGACAAUCGCCGUCAUCGGGGCCACAGGCGCCCAGGGUGGCUCUGUGACACGCUCUCUGCUGCAAAACCCUCAUAUUCGAGUGCGAUGUAUCACGCGUGAUGCUUCGACACCAAAAGCAACGGAGCUGAGAGAUCUGGGAGCAACGGUCGUUCAGGCAGAUACUACAAGCCCACAGGCCUUGGAGCAGGCUCUGGCGGGUGUCUGGGGUCUCUAUGUGAAUUAUACGGUUUUUGGAAUGGAGCCUACCGUGUCCGAGAACUUGGGCAAAACUAUCCUAUCCAGCGCGGCCGCUGUGGGCGUCAAGCAUGUUGUCUUCAGCUCCGAUCCGGACCCCGAACUUUUGACCGGGGGCCAAGUGAUCCUGUCGGCCAUGGGAGUGAAGGCUAAAGCUGAAGCCUGGGCGCGGAAGAACCUGCAUUUCAAAUCCUUUACGCCCAUCCAGGCCGGGUGGUAUCUCGAGAACUUCCAGUCCAAGGAAUUGCUCGAGUUCCACGGGGGCUUUCCCUCCCAGACGGACCAGGAAGGCUAUCGAACUUGUCGGUUUCCCUAUUGGGGUGGCCGCGAAGAAGUGCCUUGGAUCAGUAUCCGCGAUGAUUAUGGGGACCUGGUGCACGGGGUGUUUUUGAAUCCCCUUCGCUGGAAUUUCCGUGUCAUCCAGGCGGUUGCCGAUCCCUUAUCGUUUGGCGAAAUGACUCGGAUUUUUUCUCAAGUGACCGGACAGGCCGCGAGAUUUGUUCCCUAUGCAUCUCCCGCAGAGCUGGGGGGAGAUCUGACCGAGGGACCGGCGAGUAUGUUCGUCUACACCCAGCUGCGCGGGGGGGAAUACUUUUCCAAUGGCGUGACCGAGACUCGGACGGCGGUGCAAUUGAAAAAGGCCGCCUACCGAGCCAAAGGUGGACAGGGUCGGGAAACCCUCACAGGAGUGGGAGAAUGGUUUGAACGAGAAUUUCCAGGUGGUCGGCCUGUAGCAAUUUAG